CCGGCCCGCCAUGGUGCCCAGCAUGGCCUCGCUGCUGGACGGCGCCGCCGAGUACCGACCCGAGCUCUCCAUCCCGCUGCACCACGCCAUGAGCGUGCCCUGCGAGGCCUCGCCGCCCGGCAUGGGCAUGAGCGGCACCUACACCACGCUGACGCCGCUCCAGCCCCUGCCGCCCAUCUCCGCCGUCUCCGACAAGUUCCACCACCCGCACGCCCACCCGCACGCCCACCACCACCACCACCAGCGCCUGCCGGGCAGCUCCGGCGGCGGCUUCGCCCUCAUGCGGGACGAGCGCGGGCUGCCGGCCGUCAACAGCCUCUACGGGCCCUACAAGGAGGUGCCGGCCGUGGGGCAGAGCCUCUCGCCGCUGGGCAACGGGCUGGGCCCGCUCCCUGGCGCCCAGCAGGGCCUGCACGGCUACGGGCCGCCGGGCCACGACAAGAUGCUGAGCCCCAACUUCGAGACGCACGCGGCGAUGCUGGCGCGGGGAGAGCAGCACCUGCCCCGGGGGCUGGGGACGCCCCCGGCCAUGCUGCCGCCCCUGAACGGCGCUCACCACCCCGCGCCCCCCGGGCCGCCGCCGCACGGCCCCGCGCUGCCCGCCGGCCGGGAGCGGCCGCCCCCCGCCGCCGGCCCGCAGGGGAACGGCGCGGGCCAGCUGGAGGAGAUCAACACCAAGGAGGUGGCACAAAGGAUCACGGCGGAGCUGAAGCGCUACAGCAUCCCGCAGGCCAUCUUCGCCCAGCGAGUGCUGUGCCGCUCCCAGGGGACCCUGUCGGACUUGCUGCGGAACCCCAAGCCUUGGAGUAAACUCAAGUCCGGCCGGGAGACGUUCCGCAGGAUGUGGAAGUGGCUGCAGGAGCCGGAGUUCCAGAGGAUGUCUGCCCUGCGGCUGGCAGCCUGCAAACGCAAAGAGCAAGAGCCCAACAAAGAGCGGAACAACUCCCAGAAGAAAUCCCGCCUGGUUUUCACGGACCUCCAGCGCCGAACGCUUUUCGCCAUCUUCAAGGAGAACAAGCGUCCCUCCAAAGAAAUGCAGAUCACCAUCUCCCAGCAGCUGGGCCUGGAGCUCACCACCGUCAGCAACUUCUUCAUGAACGCGCGCCGGCGCAGCCUGGAGAAGUGGCAGGACGACCUGAGCUCCGGGGGCUCGUCCUCGGCGCCCAGCACCUGCAGCAAGGCGUGAGGGCGCGGCGCGGCGCAGAGAGCGGCUUCGCGGCAGGGCCCCUCGCUGGGGACUUAAAGCACAAUCCCCCCGCAACCAAGCCCGGCCCAGCUGGUCCCGAGGACAUCCCUACGGCUUCUGGCCGGUCUCGGCAGGCGCAGGCUCCACUCCAACCUCUCUCCACACCGUACUAUGCUCAGGACAGGCGAAGCAGGUCUGAAACGUAGGGGAGUCGUUCUUGAGGCAGGUUUCUCCUGAGCCCCAGGUCCCCGUGGCCUCCCGUGCCCGGCGCCUGCCGUGUGCUGGCCGCACCGCCCUGCGGCCACCACAACGGAGCACAAAGUCACAUACUAAAAACCCAAGACCCUGCUUUUAAACUCAGGCAUGGUUUUGUUAAGUGUUUUAGGGGAAAAAAAAAAAAAUCAGAUUUAAAGUUUUUUGGUUUUUUUUUUGGUUGGUUUUUUAGUUGAAGUGAAUCAGCUUGUUCUUGGAUCAGAAAAGUUCAGUUCUCUUGAGCUCAGAGUAUCAAGCACAAAGCCGUGGUGCGGCCCUGGGCUGUGCCAGCUGCAGCCUGACAUCCCGGGAACAGCGGAGGCGGCGCGAGCCUCACGCACAGCUGGCAGCUCCUCACAAGCUCUGUGCUUGUACCUAAUGCACACUCAGGAGGUCGAUGGAACUGCUACAGCUCACGGGGCGAACACAAUGCUUCGGAAGAUCUAGAUUAAUUCACAUUGUUACAUCCUUUUUACUUUCUGGGAAUAUGGUUUCUCCUCGGCAACGGCCGCUACCGAAGCCUUUUGAGCGCUCCGUGUAUUUUUGUUCAUUUUAUCAGUAUUUUAUGGUACUUUCAAGCAGGAAAAGAAAAAGAAACAAGCCCUUCAGAUGCCACCGACCGUUCCAGAUGUGCCGCGUUUAGCUCUAUCGCAUCCCCAAGUUCCUUUUCCCUGCCGGCUCCCCGAGCCAGCAGGAACACAGCACACCAAAGAGACAGGAUUUCUGCAAGCCAAAGAUGUUUAUAACUUGCCAUUUCUCUUUGUGAUGGCUGGUGCGGGCGGUUGGCUGGCGCUGGGGAAGCCUGGCGAGCUCCGAGCCGUCUCUCCAGCUCCGUGCAGCGGAGCCGCCCUGGCGGCGGCGCAGCGGCCGCUGGCCCCGAGCGGCCCGGCACGGCCGUGCUCCGCUGCAGACACUUGAGACUUUUUUAUGUACUACUUAAUCGAAACCAAAGAAACGUUUUCUGCACCUACUUCUUCUGCAACGAACUGUUCCAUUGAAAGAUAAAAUAUAAAAUAAAAAAAAAAACCAAGGAAGCAUGUCAGGAAACAAAGGAGUCCCACACUGUGUUCUACAGACAUCUUGGACAUUUUCGGAAGCAGAUCUCAAAGAAAGGGUUGACAAGAAUGAGAACAAAGCAAAGCCAGUACAAUUGCUGCUUCAUUUGACAACUCAAGUCAUCUUAUAAAGUUGAAGAUUGUCUUUAAUUUGUGCCUAUGCAGUUUUUUCAAAAGAACAAGGAACAGAGCAACCAAAACCUCAACAGCUACCAUACCAAAGAUGAGGAUUCUCACCACUUGUGUUUGGGUUUGUUUCUCCUCUUGCACGACUAAUGCACAUAACCCACCGAUCUCUGGACGCCGCUGGUGAGUCUUGGCACAGCCAGAAGGGUGGGUUUAUUUCUGCUCUCCCCGCUCCUGCCCCUCACACAUCUCUCCAGAGCCGGGGGACUCCGGUGCGGGGUGUUGGGACGCUAGGCCGUGCGUGUGCUCCCUGCAGGAAGCGCGCGUGGCUCGGCCGUGCCUCGUGUGUUGGUCUGCUGUGUGUCUGGGCUGUGAACAGCCCCUCUCCCGAGCGUGGUGUCGGUGCCGUGACCUCCACCCUUCUUUCUCUUGCCCAGGGCUAAAGCUUGCAAUAUGUGUGUGUUCCUUCCCAUCCGUGUCACUGUGAGGGCUGAGCCUGGCUCCAAACCUGCUCCUGCCACAAACCCGACCGUUCAGCAGCUCGUGGGGCACUUCAGGAGCUGCUCCUGAGCCUCUUCAUGUUUGAUCCGGAUCAUGACUUGUCCAGAUUUAUCCUCAGAGCCGGAGCACACCUUGCUCCUCUCUGUUUAAACCAGGGCUUCAUCUGAACUGCUCCACAGAACUGCUGUGGUCGCUUCCCAACCACUCAAAACGGAACAAAAAAUCAAAAGGCCUCGUCUGCUCAGGACGGGAAAAGCUUCUGGAAAGCAAAUUCAGGAUCCUCACAGCUGACUUGACAGCAUGUGCCUGCUGUGGGAAUCAAAGGAUCCUUUGGCAGAGCUUUCCAGGCAGAUCCCAAAGAGAUCUGGAGAAUCCUUGUAGCCAGACACAGAAUAGAGUCACCAAGAAAGGGUCCCAGUCUGAGCUGGUGUGUUCUGAGGGCUGCUCACCCAAAUGCCGGGUAUCUGAGUGCGGAGUUUGGAGCCGGCAGGCUGCGGAGCAGGGCCCAGCCGAGGUGAUGUGGUCAUUCUGGAGUUUCAUUCCCACCCAAGUGUCCAUCAGAGCAGCCCCUGGUGCGUUUGGAACACA